UCGGCCAGGAACAUGUAUAGGACUCAGACUCGGAGAGAUUUACGGCUAAUUUAAGGCACCCUGAUUAAUAUCCGGUGUGUAAAAUUUUCGAUCGAUCUCGAUGGCGAACUCAUCGACAGCGGCGGCCGCAGCUUACCCGUUGCUGGUGCAGAGAUAUGGCGUUGCUGGUGUCACUCCGUCGUCUUCGUCUUCGUCAAUGGCGACGAGAGUCUUCAGUCUGCCUGCCAUGAAGCUGCUCGACGUCAACCUUUCGGUGGAGAUGUGCGGCAACACGUUCCUCGAGACGCCGCAGGGUUUGGUCCUCGUGCUGAUGACGACGAGCUCGCCGCCGGCGUCGGCGUUCCUCCUCGACCCACGCGACGGGUCGAGGGUCGCCGAGCUGCCGCCGCUCGGCGAGGGCGAGCUCCCGGCGCAUCGCCGGUGCGUGCUGUCGGGCCGGCCACCGGAGCCCGGCUGCGGCGUCCUCGUGUUCGACCUGGAGAGCCCGGCGCUGCUGUUCUGCCGCGUCGGCGGCGAGCGCUGGUCGAGGCACGGCUACGACAUCGGGUGCUACGACCUGCCGGAGGAGUACUGCCCGGUGCCCAAGAGGAGGCAACUCUUCGACGUCGCCGGCGUCGGCGGGAGGUUCUACUUCGCCGAGAACAAGGGCGAGCUCGGCACGCUGGACUUCACCGGCGGCGGCGGCGGCGGCGGCGGCGGCGAGGCGGUGGUGGGGGCCAUCGCCAUCCCCGUCCUGGACUACUUCCCCGCCGGCCAGGUGAUGUCCAGCUCGCUGACGUUCCUCGUCGAGUCGCGCGGCGACCUGUUCCUCGUCGCCAUCGCCUUCGAGGGGUACAGCAUCGGCGGGCCGUACGACGUCCACGUGUUCCGGAUGGACUUCUCGGCGGCGGCGCCGGGGCCGGCGUGGCGCAGGGCGACGGACAUCGGCGACCGGGCGUUCCUCGUCGGCGGCGACAACUCCAGCGGCGCGUCGUGCUCGGCGAGCGGGUGCGGGGUGAAGGCCAACCGCAUCUACUGGAUCAACGGCUUCAGCGAGGACGAGAAGAGGAACCUGUACGUGUUCAGCGUCGAGGACGGCAGCGUCGAGACCUUCGACACGUUUGAGUCUCUCCCGGGUGCACCUCGUCAGACGCCGUUCUGGCUUGUCUAGUUCUUCUGCGUGUACUUUUGUACGAUUAUCACGUGGUUAUCACACGGAAAAGCUGAUGCGCGAUCGAUCGCCUGGGCGAUCUGGUAGCGAUCAGUUCG